AUGAAGCGAAUUCUUGGUAUCGACUUUUCGCCUUUGGCCGACCCAUGGGAUCGGCAAAUAGUUACUCUUGGUGUCAUCAUGUACAUUGUUCUUACAUUUCCACUUACACUACUUGGUCUUCUUCUGCCAUUUAUUCUGAUCCUCACAUAUCGAUGGCAUCUUCUUCUACUGUACACCCUAUGGUAUCUAUACGACCGAAAAUCUCCACAAAAUGGUGCCUAUCCAAGUAAAUGGGUGCAGAGCUGGCGUGUAAACAAAUGGUUCGCAGAGUAUUUCCCUGUUUUUCUUCAUAAAACCGUCGAAUUGCCAACCGACCAGAACUACAUUAUCGGUUGUCAUCCUCAUGGUAUAAUUGGAAUGGGUGUCUACGCAAACUUUGCAACAGAAGGUACUAAUAAAAGUGAGGUGUUCCCGGGCAUAAGAUUUUUGGUCUGUACGCUAGCCUCUAACUUCAAUGUUAUGAUUAGAAGAGAACUGCUCAUGCUCUCUGGAUUUAUCGAUUGUUCUAAGGAGAGUAUCAGAAAUGCUCUUUCUGGAAGGAAGGAAGGGAAGGCUGUGGUUAUUGUCGUAGGUAAAACCGCAAACUCUAUGUUAUUCCAUGUUUCGACUAAAUUUUAUAUUCUGAAAAAUAUAGUCGUAUCAGUCUGUUCUUCUGAGCUUGACCAGCAGGUGCUUUAUCACGCAACAGUACAAAGAUUGUCUUACUGAUU